AUGGACCCCUACGGAAGUGACAUCUUCUGUCAAAAACAGCUGAAAAAAAUUCGAACGUUUUUAUAAUACGAAUGUAAAAUUAAUAGUAAAGUUUAUGAUUUACAUUUAUCUUCAUUAUAUCCUCUAAACCUGACUGACUAUUUUGUUUAUCUAAGCCAAGUAUUUAAUUUUUAAUUGUGUUUUCAUCGGCUAAAGUAUUAACCUACAACUGCGUCAUAGGUGGUUUGGUGUUAUAAAAAAAUAAAUAUGAAAAUUAACGAAAAGAAUUUGUGUGCAUUUGCGUCGUCAGCCACUCCGGUGGACCGAGAAGGGUGGCUAGACCUGCGCGGAGAAGUUGGCAAGGGCUACCAGAAGAGAUGGUUCAUGCUCAAAGGGAAUCUGCUAUUUUACUUCGACAAGAAAGGAGAUAAGGAGCCUUUAGGCGUUAUUAUAUUAGAGGGAUGCACUAUCGAACUAACGGAAGAAGAAUCAUAUAGCUUCAAAAUAGUGUUCCACUGUGAAGGUGGACGGACAUACUUCUUGUGCACAAACUCCCAGGGGUCCAUGGAAGCCUGGAUGAAGGCGUUGGCAUGCGCCAGCUAUGACUACAUGAAGUUGAUGGUGGCUGAGUUGCAAAGACAGCUCGAUGAGGCUCAAGUGGAAGCGGCAGAAGAAGCAGCAGCGGCCCUGGUAACCAUCACGCCGCCGGACGGAGAGCCGAAGGUGCCUCCUCGAGGGCAGAGAGUUAACCCGUUUAAUAAACUGGCAGAUGUGGAGGUCAAGACUGUUGUGGGCAGUCGACACCAUAAAGAGAACCUAAGACCGGACCUGCCUAGGAAAAAGCACGCGUUCAGAGACAUCCACACGUCGUACGGGCGAAAGAUACUAGCGGAUAGGUCUGAGUGGCGACUAAGGCUGACUAAACAGAAAUCAUUGCCCGAACAACCGCUUAUACAGUUGUAAGAUUACUUAAAAAAAAAAACAUCGAGAAUAGAUAUGCCACAGUAGAACAAGAUAAGGCUUUUUGGCGGGAAA